AGGCGGCGCGGCAGACGAGGCGCUGGCGGACCUGGACGACAUGUUCGCGGACUCUGGGCCGCCGCCGCCGUCGGCCGAGAAGCCGUCGCUGCUGGCCAGCACCCUGGCCUGCACCGCCGCCCCUGCUGUGGGCGACACGGAGCUCUCGUGCACCGCCGACUCCGGGACCUGGGCCGAGGCCACAGAGGCCACGCAGCCAGAGCUGGAGAAGAGAGGAGCCCUGGCGGAGUUCCGCCCCCCCGAGCGCGGCCUCGGGGAAGAAGCGGCCUGCGGCGAGGCCGGCGGGCCUCAGGCUUCCUUGCUGGGCGGCGCCCCCGCCAAGGCCGUGCCCAGCACGCAGCAGCUUCUGGACGCCUUCGUUCCGUGGAAGGAGGAGGCUUCGGAGGGCAGCCGUCCUGAGUCGGAGCACGACGGCUUGACGCCCUACGAGCCGCCGGUGCACAGAGGUGAGCCGCAGCCUGCAGAGGGCCGCGCCGCAGCCACCGGAGAGGAUGCUGGAGGGAAGCCGCUGGCCGCAGCUGGGCUCCUUGAGGGGGAGUGCUCCACGCGAGCUCCAGGACCGCCGGAAGGCGCCCAGAGCCCGAGGCGUCGGGUGGCGGAGGAGGAGCCCGAGCAGGAAGCCAGACGCGCGCCCCCGGCCGAGGC